AUUUAUUCAUUAAUUUCAUGUUCCAGGAGGUGCAGUUGUGUUUAACCCAAAGGUCAGUGUCGCUGUACUCUGACUAGUCUAGAGUACGAGAGAGAGAGGGACAGGGACGAGGGGUGUGCUGGUUUCACCUGAGAGUCACUGUGCCCUCAAGGGAGAAGGACAGUCUUUCGUGGUAACCUCAGCUGCUGCGGGAAUUGAACCCACUUUGUUGGUGUCUCUCACUCGCCAACUGAGCUAACUGACCCCACCUCCGGCCAGAUCAUGAUGGACAGGCAAACGGACACACGCAUUUCCAAAGGCGAGUCCCCAACACAGACCUGAAACCAUCGGCGAUGGACCGAAGGGCCUCGCCUGCGAUUCCACGUUCACAGAGCGGGAGGUGAGGGAAACGUUUGUUCCCUUGUUUUAAGUACCAAGGGCGGUUGCGAGCUGGAACCCUGGCAGGUUCAGCAGGACGUUUCGGCAAGUGAUAUCGAUUCACUUAUUCGAAAGCUGCAAGGCAGCAAGUCACUGGGAGGAGCUGGCACAGUCCCGAUGGAGGGAGUGGCCUCAUUCCCCUGCUGUGUCAUAGGUUACCCCCUCCCACCCCCGCGGCUGCUGAGUCAGACCGAGAAUAACACCCAACGCUUUCAGAGGGCUUCCUGCAACACAGACCCAAAGGAAACUCGGAGCAGCUAUCUCCUGUCUCUGUGAGCUGCCGAGGUGCACUUGUGAAGUUGCCGAAGUUCCUGGUGAUUAGAUAGUCCUCACGCAGCUCCGAGAUUUCAAGGCAGAUAGCUCAACACCUCUACGGUCUGGACAAGCUCUUCAACCUAUUCCGAUCGCGCCUGGGGUAGAAACUGGACAUGCCUUUCACCCCCCAGGUUCUGGUGCUGUUGAUAAAUCUCCUUUGGCUACUCACUGCAGCUGGACCAGGGAAGAGUUCCAUCCGGCAGUUUCCGGACUCGAUUUCCGUGAGGGAAGGAGAACGGAUUCACAUUGUUUGUGACUUCAAUGUAAGCAGCCAAGCAGAGAUGGAUCUUGUUGUCUUCAAAUGGUCGGCCGGGAAUGGUAGUAUCCAAACAAUAAUAUCUCGCUCAGAUGAGCCAUACCCGUCCGAGUUCCCAGGGACAGAGGUCCAAAUCAGGGCCGAUUUAACACAAAGGGAGACUACCCUGACAGUGGAGCGUGCAACAAUGGACCACAGUGGACUCUACGUUUGCCACAUCACAAUACUCAAACCCUUAGCGAUGCAGACUGAUCUCCAGGGCAAUGGGACGGUGGUCACUGUAACAGCAGUGAAGCUGAGGUCCUCACUGAUGGUAUACCUGCUGGUGAUAGGAGUGUUACCCAUCCUCUGUGUUGCCUUUUUCCUGCUGAUCAGGAGAGUGUCCCAAGGAAAGGCAAUGGGAACAGCGCGUGCCUCUGCCCUGGGGGGGCAAGAGCGAGGUGCGAGCCAGGGCAAUCGAGACCCCCAGCUCUUGAACCUGGAAACCAUUUACAGCCGCCUGAGGCUGUCACUGAUGAGGAGGCCGGAGGAACAGCCAGACAGAGAAAGCCAAUCCACUAUCUACAGCAGAGUUCAGCGUCUGGAAACCAAUGUCUGUCAUGCCACAGUCAGCCACGCCGUUCAGCUAGCUCAACCUCCCCUGGUCGUCUACCCCACCCCCACCCCCCAACCCCCCUUCCCCCCCGCCCCCGUUAGCAGCAAACGGGGAGAGACAUGAACAACAGAGCCACUGAACGCUCGCUUGAGCUUCCCAGACUCGCUCGAUCGUUUCAGUAGCAAACUGGUGGGCGAGGGUCCUGGGGUCAACCAGGUGAGACACACUGAGCCUGUCCCCAUCAAACACUCCCAGGACAGGGGCAGCACGGGGUUAGAUACAGAGUAAAGCUCCCUCUACACUGUCCC